ACGGGCGGUUUAAAAAAGGUGGUUCCCCCACUGCACCGGGUUGACAGCAGAGGGCUGCACAGGUAGCCAGCAGCAGUGCCGAAGGCUCCCGCUAGUCUACCUAGCGACACUGCCCCCCUCCGUGUGACACUGCUGGCGUGUCUGGAGGUGCGAGCGUUUUAGCGAAUCUACCCCGCCUCACCAUACCCCAGCUCAGGUCACCUUAGCGCUCGCCUACCGGCAUUUUCCAUCUCCCGUCUUCGAAGAUGAUACCUGGCAAACGAAGAGCCGCAGUCAUGUCCUUCUCGGCGGCGAUAUUUGGAGCUCUACUGCUGCAGUCCGUCUCCUCCCAGAACGGUAGGAAAUGAGCUGCCCUCUGAAAACUGCAAAUGCAUGACGCUAAUCUCACAUCAUGGCGAAAAUGCGGUUUUUGAAGGAGUGAUGCAGCCUUCAUCUCUGCAGUGGGGGGCAUUUAAUGAAUCAUUACAGGAUGUGUCUGUUAUUAAGAACGCUGUCAAUCCGUCACGACUGCCUCUCUCGCAGCCAAGACUCAGCAGAUAAUCCCUAAAUGCUUCACUUGAAGAAACACAUUAGGUCGAUUGAAGCGCAGUUUUCUCAUUGGCUUUUGAAACGAAUGGGGCCAAUAAAACAUUCAUAUGCUACAAUCUGUUUUAGUUACGGGCUGAAGUGGGCCAAACGAAGGCCUGUGCGGUGUCCCUUAAAUGUCCUCUGAAGUGUGGAGCUGAAUACUCGAGCCGAUCAGUCAGGGAGGACAAGUGAACUGCUCAUUUGGUUGAGAGAUUAAGAAAGGUGCAUGUGGGCAAUGGUGUCAUAUCCAUACUGAAGAGUCUGCUCUCACACAGAAUCAACAUGUAAGGUCUGCACAGGUAUGUCAGGGAUUCAGCAUUCAGUGUAUCCUCUCUGCAUCACUCAGAUCACAUCAUGUAUGUAAUGAGAUGUAGGACCUCAGAAGAAGUGCGGCUCUGUAAAUAGCAUCAGUCCAUUUUGCUGCAUGCUUCUAUUUUUAGAGCAGAGAUGCUGCACUGGGAACCAUGGCUUUAAUGUCCUCUCGCAACAGUGAAUCUGUUAACUCUUGGGUGAGAUGCUCUGCACUGCAGGAUAGCAUCGAUUUCUCAACAUCGUUCGUCUUGUCUGAAUGACCCCUCGGCUCAUAAAUCUCAUCCCCCAGCAGCAACCAGUUUAGAGUGGGAGCCCUUUUUUUCAUACCCUGUGUGAGAAUGAGAAUGAGUGAGGUUUCAUUCAGCCCUGGAGUUGAUCAUGUAUAGGAAUGCAGAACACAUCUCCUCUUCUUACAUUGCAAAACUUAUAACAUCUCCUCAGUUUGUGCUCUAGGAAAUAGAUCUCAGAUUGAUGGUUAAUAAUUCACAGUGGCUGUAAGUGUGAUACUCUGUUACAUUCUUCUCUGAAAGUGUCAUAAUAUUAAUUUUAUGACUGAAUUUGAUCAUGCCUCUGUUUUUGCAGUGAAGUCUGAUUGAUCUUCUAGAAGAUGUUAAACAGUCAGAAUUUUUGGUGUUUUUACAUCCACAAAUUCGAAACAACAACCAAAUUAUGUGCAAAUUGUAAAGGUUUUAAGAUCUACCUUCAGAUAAAAACAAUCGCUUCAUGCUGAUAAAGUGAGGUAUACAUAUCAAGCCUGAAAUGAUAAGACCAUCAAACCUAUAUUGAUCAUCUUCAGUAUUGAUUGAGCUCGUAAUUACUCCCUCAGGUUUCUUAGCAGUUCAUACAAAUCAGAGGCCGUAUUUUCUAAACGCAAGAAAACUCUAUACAAUGUAAGGUAUUCUCUAUUAGCAGUUAUGUAUUUAUCUGAGGAUCAAUAAACAAGUGGUUUUAAUUGUCAUUUGCUGUGAUGACAUAUUUUUAACAUCACACUGCAAUGUCCAGUAGAUCAGAAUGAGCGUCUGCAAAGUCCUAAUGUGCCUAAGCAAAGUUGACAAACUCACACUGAUACCAAACUCCAAAACACAGUGUUAAUGAAAGAUUCUAGUUUCUCCCAAUGACUGAAACUCAACCAAAAUAAUACUGGACCAGAAUAAACAGCUGAGCACGCUUGCUUCUCUCAUGAGAACCGUCACAAGGAUUUUGGGAUACUGGUAUCUCCUAAAGUCAUAAAACACAGCAAGUUUAACAUUUUGAGAUAGGUGAGAUAUUCAGAAAAAGAGAGAAAUUCUCCCGUGAAUGUAACAAACUUCCGGAUGUUUUGGGGAAAUUUUGACUUUCUUAUCCAAACCCCCCCAAAAAGCUAAAUACAGCAUGAUAAUCCUGAAAAACUGGAUUUAAAAAAUGUAAAUGCUGAAGAUUGAAACCAUUUUAAAGACAUGAUACUCUCCUGAUGAUACUGACUAUGUAUGCCGUAUCUGCUCUCUGUUGCUGUCUACCAGGGUGACUUUGGAGCUGAUGCAGUAUCAAUUUAUCAAAGUGGCUACGCAGUUCAUAAUGCAACAGUUUUUGGUACAAUCAUUUGGACAGAGUCCAGAUUAGCGCCACUUUACUCUGGUUCAAAAGGAUUCAUGGAGAGGUAGAGAGAAAAUGUCUUCCACGAAUCACUCAUGACUGCAUGAGGCUCUCUAUUGUCAGGUUGAGCUGUUAGAUUGGCAGUUUGACUCAUGAAGUAAAAAUAAGGAUUGAUUUUUUUUAACUCCAGCUCAGUUCAACACAGGGACAAGGAUGAUUUAUUUCAUCUUUUCCAGUUUAAGCAACAUGACAAGCAUAUACUCAGACAAGUAGUGGCUGUGAGGCAGAUUAUGAUUGGCUCUCUAAUAAAUGUGAGCAAAUCAAAGAUGAUGCAAUUAUUUCUAAGAUGUUUGAAAUAAACUGUGCCUGUUUUAGACUCCAGUUCGUAAUCAGAAAAGUUUUCCAGGAGCUCAUGGUCAAACUUAUUUUGGUGGCAGAAGGUGAAGAGAAGGUUUACUGUUUUGCUCUGUCGGGUCAAUAUUGUACCUCAGCCAGACUAGAGAAAAACAGUGUCCUUGCCAGUUGAGUGAUGUUCAUUAUGUCUUCAGUUUCUUAGAAAUAAUUCACUUUUUUCCCCUUUAUUUCAGACAUGUAGCCUUUUUCACAUACCUUGACAUGUUUCAGUGGAAACUUCCACCUUUCUCAGAGGUGUCACUUUGUGGUUGACCACUAAGUUUCCGCAGAAAACAUGUCAACGUACGUGAAAAAGGUCACAUGUCUGAGAUAAAGGAAAAAAAGAAAACUAUUUCUAAUGUCCUUGCCAGUUUGCUGACUGACUAAGAUGGGUAACCUCCUUUCUUUCUUAUUUUUAAAGAAAUGAACGAAUUAUUGCACAAGGCACCAAAACGCUGUUAUUUUGCGCUCUUUAUUUAUCGUUAGAGACCGUUGAAAAAUCCUGUUUUGUCGAAGUUAAAAAUAGUAAGUUGUUCAUUUCCCUAAAGGUUGGAUGUAUAGUUCCAGAUUCUCAGCAUUACUUUAAGCAGUUAUGAAACAGUAACACUCUAACUGCUAGGCCAUCACUAACAGGCGACACACACACACACCAGCAUGUUACAAAACUGAACUGACAUCAGCCGGCCAUGACUGAUGCGUUUCAUACAUGUGGAGUACAGAGGCAUGCAGGGAUGGCGCUCCUGGCUCAGCACUUUUGACACAUCCAGAGCAGCCGAGGUGACAGGAUCCGUCUCUCAGCAGUUCCAUGCUUGUAGCUGAGGUGUUGGUUUUUCAGCCCCUGUCCUGGUAUUUACCGGUACUUGUGUCCUCUCCCUCUACCUCCUGAGGCUGUUUGUGGAGGGCUUAAAUCAAAUGUAGGCUCAGUAAACAUGCAUGUAUCUGUGAUCAAGUUGUGGGCUGCACAGCUGAAGAUGAGGAAAAAAAAAACACGUGAUCGUCUGUCUUGUGAUGAUCUGCUGGUCCGCUGGCCGUCUCCUCGUCUUCCCACUUUGUUGCUGUUGAGUGCUUCUAUGGAAACGGAGGGGGUCUAUCACCAUGCGCCCACACGUUCCCCAGAGACCAAGAGCUGCAGCUCCUAUAAAUCUUCUCUCAAUCUUACGUGCUCACUACAGUGCCUAUAGACCAAGCCUGUGGUUUCAAACCUUCCUCUUCCUCCUCCUCCUCCUCCCCCUCUCUGUGCAGCAAUGAUCAAUUAUUUCACUGUUAUUACAUUCAGUUCAAAGAGAGGGGGGGUUAAUCCAGUGAAAUAAACCGUCCAGUGUGCUGUAUGAUGGCUCUGUGCAUCUACCUGAUGCAUUUCUGAGUCUUAUGCGUGUUUAUCUUUGACUGACAGAGUGGCAUGAUAAUUACAAGGUCACUUAGAGGACUUUUGGGCGUGAGCACCACACGAGCUGGGCACAGUUUUAUAUGAGGUCAUUAAUUUGACAAAACCAAGUGAGAGCAGCUCCUGCAAGGACGUCCCAGCAGAAUUCAAUUAAAGCUUCCUCAGAAUAGCAGCGAUAUUGGCACAGGCAAUUUCUGAGCUCGUCUCCGGCUCUGCCUUCUUUGACGAGUAUGGUUGGUGAUGUGAUGGUUUGCUCCGCUUUACAUUUGAUCGUUAUGUCAUGUAAGAAAAAAAAGAACAUGGCAAAGCUCUGAAUUAAAGCUCCUGUGUGGAGUUUUUAGCUGAUUAUGAAACAGGCUUAAAUUUGUAUUUUAAUGCUUGUAACUCUUGUGAGUAUAGAAGGAAUGCCUGAUAACUGACACCACACUGAAGCGAUAGAAAGUGAGCAUCAGAUCAUUUAAGAUCUUAACUAACAGCCAACUCUGGUCCAUGUUUCUGUGUCACAUCCUUUAUUUUCAAAUAUCAGCCUUCGUUUCAUUAUUUUCUGUCUGUCACUGUCUUUUUCAAUGAUUUCAUGAAUUUUUCUUCUUUUCUUUCUUUUCUGAUUGAUUGUCCUGAUAUUUUCUUGCUUUUCCAUUCUUCACCUGUUUCCCCCCUUUUUUUUCUUUUUUUGGACCUUAUCUUCUGACAUGCUCCCUCCAAAAAAAACACACACCACCACCAGCCGGCUUUGUGAAAUCCCCUCUCUCUGAAACGAAGCUCACAGGCGACACCUUUGAGCUGUACUGUGAUGUGGUGGGAAACCCCACCCCAGAAAUCCAGUGGUGGUACUCUGAGAUCAACCGAGCUGAUUCCUUCAGGCAGUUGUGGGAUGGCGCUCGUAAGCGGCGAGUGUCCAUCAGCACGGCUUAUGGGGCCAACGCCGUGAGUGUGUUGGGCGUCUCUCGGCUGACGCUGGACGACUCAGGGACGUACGAGUGCAGAGCCAGCAACGACCCACGCCGUAAUGACCUGCACCAAAAUCCAGCCACCACCUGGAUCCGUGCGCAAGCCACAAUAACGGUGCUGCAGAGUGAGUGGUCAGUGUAGAGGAACCCCCCCCCCCAUCCACACACACACACACACACUUCUCCAGCUGAGUUUUUUAGCUCCUUUGUGAUUCAGCCUCCCUCAGACCUCUCCAGAGGACUGCUAGCUUCCUUUGUAGGUGCCACCCUCCCCUACAAGUUUGGAAAACAAAGAAAUCCCCAUCAGCUUGUCAUAAAAGUCUUCAGCCUUUCACCUUGUCGAGCCCCCCGUCUGUUCCCUCUCUACUUUAUUUCCCUUUAGCUCUAAGUUUCUGUUUUGCCAAGCUUUAAAUUUUUGCUUCAGUUUCAUUUUCUGUUCAUCAUCAUUUUUGCAAUACAAUGCCACGUCUCAGAUUUAAUAUUUACACCCUAAGUUUUUCUGGUAUUUGGUGUGACUUUGAACUAUAGACAGACACUCGAUAGUUUGAGGGUUCAAAGAAAAAUAUUCAAAGGUUAGAUUUUGGUCAAACUGUUUAAUUUCUUCAUGAAAAGGAAAAAAAAAACUUCUGGAUUGGCUCCAUGCCAGGUGUCCGGUCUCCAAAUCUCCAAAUCUUACAGCUUGUGACUCAGAUAGAGAUGUUUACGGAUGUCCGCAUGUGCAAACGGGAUGUAGAUAAUCAGGAUUAAAGAGAAUACAACACUCCACUUAAGGUCGUCAUGGUUUAAAAGCUUAUCUAAGUGAGGAUUUUUCACAGGUUGAACUUAAACCUAGUAAGAGUAUCUUAUCAAGCUUUUAGUAUAAUUCCUAAAUAUGUAACUUUCCAUCUCUGAAAAAAAAAGUAAAAGAGGUUUGAUUACAUCUUAACUUAGAGGUCAUUCCUAUUGGCUACCAUCAGGAAUAUUACAGUAUGAAGGGAAUCAGCUGGUGGACUCAACCAGUGGAUGAGGCUGAUUGGUCAAGCAUUAACGACUUUUUUUCAUCUCAGCAUUUGAGGAGAAUCAGCAAAAAAGCCUGUGUAAAAACGUACCUGCGUCUGUAUGCUACUUGCAUAGAAACAGAUGGGUAGCUGAUAACUUAAUCAAACUUUAAAUUCAUGUUGUGGCAUAUUUUAAGAUUAAAUCAUCACAACAAAAUCCUAGUGUGAUAUUAAAAUUUCUUUUUUAAAUAAUUUUCUCAUCAGCUGUAGUUUUUAAAUAUUCCUUUUAGUAGUGAUGCACGAUAUGAAAAAUUUCAACCGAUACCGAUACCGAUAACCGAUAAAUUCAUAUUUCUACAUUUAUUAUAAUCUUCAUAUAAUCUGCAGUUUGUGCAGGAUGCAGCGAUUGAAAACUGAUGUUUUUGUUGCUCUGGCCUAUCUAGAACAACAAACAAAAGUUUUUGGCUCUUCAAAUGUGGUCAUUUGCUAUAAAUAACAAUAACAGAGCAAAAAGCAGAACUUUGAUCCCCUGAACUGUUCAACAGAACUGUAAACUGUAAAGGAGCUAUUAUGAGACGUUAGGAUUAGCAUGCUGACCGGACUAACAUCUGACGUCCAUAUGUCUGUGGUAAAACUCACGUGUAGUCCAUUCUUGUCGAUCAGGUUGUGAAUGUAUGUGGCGACAAUAUCAUAGAGUGCAGGAAGAGACACAUCCGAGAAGAAGCGGCGGCUUGGGAGAGUGUAACGUGGCUCCAAGUGUGCUAUGAACUUACGAAAACCCGGGUUCUCAACGACGGAAAAAGGCUGGUCGUCGACCGCUAUGAACUCCAUCACUUUGUCGUUAAUGGCUUUAGCCUUUUCGCUGUCUCUUGAGAAGCUUUUGCAGUUUUUAAACGCCCGCUGAAUGGGGACAUCGAUCCUCCGUAGUGUUGUUGUCUUAGCUUUAGUACCGCUAGCAGCUUCGGCGGCUGUCUCAUAUUCUUUUACUACCGCUUCGCCGCGAUGGCGACUUUUCAGAUGAGCUAUCAGAUUCGUUGUGUUAAUACUUGACGUCUUCUUUCCUCCUCUUGGAAUCCUCGCUGAACAGGUUUUGCAUAUAGCAAUGCUGUUGUCAUCUUCUGCCACUGAGAGAAACGACCAUGCUGGUGAAGACAUUUUAUUAUCUGUCAGGUAGUGACGGGGUCAGGCUUGGGACCUGCGAGUAAGGCGCGAUAGAUGACGUAACCAGCGCGUCUCGGACGGGCGGCUACUCCGCCUGCAAACGUUACUCGAAAUUUCAUUAAUAUAUCGGAUCUUUCUAUCGGAAAAAUGCACCUAUCGGACCGAUAAAAAAUGACGUAAUUUCCCCCCAAAUCGGCCGAUAUUUUAUCAGUCCGAUAAAUAUCGUGCAUCCCUACCUUUUAGUCAUUUUUCGCUCCUACUCACGGGCAUUCAAACUCGGAGUCUGAUGCGUGUUACCAAAGUGCCCCCUGGGAGAUGUAGUUUACUUUCUUCUUUAUUCUGAAUGCAGAUAGUCUGUUCCUGUCACUUUUUUCUCAUGUCUUGUAAUGCACCGGCUCAUCUCAGGCUCUGAUCGUUUAGCUGAGGGAGUUUCAUUUCCCUUUUCCAAGAGCUUUCUACUUCCACCUUCAGAUAAUGAUGCAGAGGAUGACUUCUACUUAAGGAAAUCUUCGUUCCCGAAAUAAUUCCUCCCACUUUGCAGCUCUAUUCCUGCUCUGUAUUGUGUAAAGUGUGUUGGCUGUGGUCUGUCUGUCUGAACUCUGUAUGUGUUGUUUACAUCUUCCCUCACCCACGAGUUCGAGCAAGCAUCACUUCUGUCGCCGCUGAUCUGUGUCUCUCUUACAGAGCCGUCAAUCACCGCCUCUGAGCACACCACGCUCCCCGUGGAAGGCGACAUGUACAUGCUGCAGUGCAACCUGACCAGCUACCAGAACAUCCACCAGGAGAGCUACUGGACAAAGAACGGGGAGGAGAUCCCGGAAACACGCAGCCCGAACAGGAACACCGAAUACAAGUGGGAGUCCACGCAAAACCUCUUAUAAAUUUGAUGUACUAAUAAUAACAGAGUUUAAAAGCCCGGUGUGUGUUCAUGUGGCGUGUUUGUGCUCUGCAGGCUGCACAAACCGAGAGGAGAUGACGCCGGAGUGUACAUGUGUGUCUUCACCUUUGACUUGAGUCCUUCAGCCAACGCCACCAUUGAGGUUAAAUGUAGGUGUUGAUUUAUGAGCUAAAGGCAUUUUUUGUCUCUUUCAAGGCCAGAUUAGAGAUUUCACCAAUAAAAUAAGUGAUCUUAGUGGCCUUGAGCACUAUCAGCCCUGUCAUGUGAGGACCCAUGAUUUCAAACGGCUCUGCUGGCUGCUCGGGGGCAGUCAGCGCCCUUGACACCUCCAUCUAACUGAUGCCCGGCUCAGUGGUAGCAGAUGGUGUCUUGUUUGUCUGAUGGCAAAAGGAUUAUGUCUCAACAGUAAAAUCUGCUGUCACAUGCAAAGCUAUGGGGGCCAUUUGGAUUUCGCAACAGUUUGCUUUUAUUUUCUGGGGCAUUUCUGUUCACCUGGAUUCAUCGAUGAUGAGCCGAUGAUCAGAGGUUUUGAUGAUAAGAUGAAAUGUUGGGAUUGACUUCAGUUCACAGAGAUAAAUAAGAUUUCAUGUCAUGCCUAAAAAUCUACAGUAGAAUUGAUUAUUUAGUUCAAACUAGGGCUGGGCGAUAAAACGUUAACAUUUUAUAUCAAAAAUUAAUUUCGCUCAAUAUCAAUAUAAAACAUGGUCAGUAUGCUUUUUGAUAGUCAGCAUUCUGCCAUGUUUUGGUAGACUAUAUGAAUAGCCAAUGAAAAGGGAAGUUGCUCAGUUGACCAUUCAAUCCGCUUUCACUAGCGCAGCGCAGUUCGACAAAACAUCGAAGAGACACGAAGACCUCACAAAUGCAGUAACUUAUCGUAUUGCAAAAUAAAUGCCACCAAUAAACACUGUUAAAUUUCAUUUUUUAUAUUGUGAUAUCGAUAUUGAUUGAUAUGAAAAAAAUAUAUCCUGAUAAACUUUUUCCCAUAUCGCCCAGCCCUAGUUCAAACUAUUAUCAUAACAGUGUUUUCUACUCUGACUGAGAUUUUGUGUAGACCCUUCAUAGUAAGUCAACAAAUCCAACAGCCAGUUUUAGAAAAAUACAAAGAUUUGAUUACCAACCAUUCAUUUUAGUCUUUUCAGUAUCAUAUUUAACUAAAUCAAUAAGCUUAUCUGCAACAACUAUGAAAGUAUGUUAUUUUAAGUAGUUUCAAUUCAACCAUGACCGCUGUAAAAUCUCUUCUACAGAUAAGCAUAUUAAAGACAUCACAUUUUGUCAAUGAAAUUAAAUGAACCUUGUUUUAAAGAGAUGUCUUAUUUUUAUUGAGUUUUUCUUACAAUCGGAUAAAAAGGAAACCAGCUGAUUCAUGGAAAUGGUCAUCACUUGCAAAGCAGUCGUGCAGUCUUUUUUUUUUUGACUGUAAAAAGAGCUCUGAAAGUCACUUUGUAAAAUCAGUUUUUACUUUUGUCAUAUUUGUUUUUCAAGCACUGCAAACCUAUUUCUUUUAUGACAAAACUGUCCUCAUUUUGUUUGAUCAACUCCACCUAAAAUGAUAAAUGCAUAAAAAAAAAUUUGUGUAGCAUCAUGUUCUUCUUGCAGAUGAAAAUUUGAAAGAAAAAAAUGCUCUAAGUCCUUUUUUUUUAUUUUUCAAGGAACCAACGUUACAUAACUUCCCAUUAAUCUUUGUUGUUGUUUUGUUCCAGCCGCCCCUGAGAUCACAGGUCACAAGCGUAGUGAGAACAGGAAUGAGGGUCAGCGCGCUUUGCUCUACUGCAAAUCCGUGGGCUAUCCUCACCCAGCCUGGACCUGGCGCAAGUUUGACAACGGCAUUUACAGGGUAUGUGAUUUGACUGUGCCCAUCAAAGAAACUCAGUAAGAGUAAGCUAUGCGUCUGAGUACAAUCCAGUUCAACAGAUCUCAACCUCAUAUUCUUCUCUUCCAACUCAAGCAAAAAAGGUGGAUAAAAAAUUCAGAAGCCCCUUUCAAUUUACAGUCCAGUUAAACACCAAUACAAAUGUUUCCCUCAAUAAUAGUCCUGUACUUUACUUGCUCUAUUUUUCUGACAGUGUACUCAUUGUAUUUCUUUUAAGGGAAGCCCUCGUGAUAGGAAAAGAAACUGAGCUGCUUCUAGAUUGUAACUGGUGAUUGUUGCAGUUUUGUCUCAGUUCGGUUUUCUCCUUCACUUACAAACCCUCGUAAGAACAAAAUCCACUUCUCAUCUAUUCGCAUCCAAACAGAGGAGAAACACUGAGCUUAAGAGGUUAAAAUCCACUUUUGAGCUUUCAUCUGAAGGACUCUUACAAACUUUUCUGUACAGAACCACAUCUGUUUCGUAAAGACUAAAAUCAACAAGUAUACUCAUGCAUAUCUCAAACAGCAGCACAUAAAGUAAUAACACUGAACUGUAUCAAUGAGGGGAAAACAGUUCAAUGAAAAGUAAUCAAAAAGAACACAACAUAUAUAAUAUAUGAAAUAUAAAAAAAGCUCUCUUGAAGGCCUUCCUGUCAACUUCCUGUUGUGCAGCAUGUCUUUUUUUGCUGUGGUCAAACUUUCACUCAGUAAUCUUCAUGUCACUCUGUAAACGUCUUUCUUCAUCCUCGGUAGGAAAUCGACAACUCCACCGGCCGCUUCUUCGUCAGCAGCAAAGACAACUACACCGAGCUCCACAUCAUCGAUCUGGACAUCGGUUUGGAUCCCGGCGAGUACAGCUGCAACGCCACCAACAUGAUUGGCAGCCGUGAAGAGAAGUCUGUGCUGAGGGUCCGCAGCCACUUGGCCCCCUUGUGGCCUCUCCUGGGGGUUUUGGCUGAGAUCAUCAUCCUCAUCGUCAUCAUCGUGGUUUAUGAGAAGCGCAAGAAGCCGGAGGAUUUACAAGACGGUGAGUCACCAGUGUUUUAUUCUUCUGCUGUUUGUGAUAUAUAUGAGGAGAAACUCUGUUCGUCCAGUUUUGAAAUGGAUCUCCUCUUAUGUGCAGUCUCUUUGCUUUUAAGAAACCUUUAAAAAGAGGUACACUUUCUGAAGUCAUCGCCUCACCACAGACAUCAGCAGGGUCACCUGACACUGUUGCUGUGCCUGCGUUCAAUAAUUCAGUCUGGCAAGGUUGACCCAACAUGCAGACACUGUUGCGGGAGGUCACACCUUGUCAGGACAGUUUCAUACAUUUAAUAUUCAUUAGAAAUAUGAUACUGCAGUGUUGUGGAGGUGGACACUUUCAAUAAUUAAUGGCUUUCCAGGGACCUUGUGCUGUCCCCAAGCUGCUGUAAGCCUAAACCUUGAGACACAUUACUUAACUCCAUAACCUGCGCAUGCCAUCCUGGGAUUUUCUGAUACUACUGAGAACUUCAUUUUCCAGAGGACUAGCUAUAUCAUAAAUUAUGCAUUAACGGUAUUUGGACGACCUUUUCCUUUCAAACUGAAUUUUGAUGUUGUCUCGUGCUGAUUAGAUGCAGCGUGCAGCCGAUGACUGACAGCUCUGAGCUGUCAGUGACACUGCAGGGCAACAGAUAGUCAUUACAGUUCAACACAUGAUCAGAGAAGAAGUGUUGCAGAUUUUCAGAGUGUUUCGGUCACCUUGAGAAUCCUCACAGUCUCACAAAAUGGAUGUUAGACUGCGUGAGUCAUGCAGCAAAUUCUUGCACGAAAUGUUAAUAAUUCAUUCUUUUCCUUGCAUUUCUAUAAAUGAGGUUAGCUUUGGCUGUUAUGAAUAUUUGAAAGGAUUGUUGUAAUAUGUCUCUCCCCUCCUACCCUCUUUAAAUUGCAUAACCUAAAACAUGUUUGUGGUAAGUGUGAGCCUCGGCAUGCUUCAUGAAUUUCAAUAAGCGCUCAGCCUCAUCUUCCUCCGGUUCACAGCGCAGCACGCACUUCUUUUUGCCAACAUCAGUGUCAAGUGCAGCUCAGGAUUUUCAGAUGAUUUUACCAAAGGGAUCUCAGUGUAUUUGUAUCACACUUUAAGUGUAUUUUCAAGUGGCAUGUGAGUGACUGUAGAGAAUUGUCGUGUUGCUGAAUCAUUUCUGCAGUCAGUGUUUGUCUGUGACUUUAUUACCUCCAGUAGAGCUGAUAUGAAGCGAGCUGCUUCUCACUAAUCUCUCUGAGUGAACAGCUGUUCUUUGGGAGCUCUGCAUGACAACAUCAGUGCUUUUAUUUGAAUUUUGCCUGUUUUGUUACGCGCCGUCUUGCUUGUGCAUUUUGAAUGUGGUGUUGUGCUGCAUUUAAAGAUGUUCACUUUGUUUGACUCCAUGAGAGAGAGAGUUGUGCUCGAUUUCUUUUUUUUUUUCAUUCAACAGAGUAAAAAACUUAAUUUUCAUGUGCCAGUUUCUUAUAUCACUCCAUUUUUUCUGUUGAUGCUGUCUAAAAAAAAGAAAAAAAAAAAACCCUUAUGUAUCUUCAGCCAUAAGUGGAAUUUCCUUGUGAUAAUUGUCAUCUUUGGUUUUUCAUUUCUCCAAAUUUCCCCGCAUUGCCUCAGAUGAUGAACCAGCUGGACCAGUGUAAGUAUGAAUGUUUUACCCUCAGUACUUUAAAUCAAGUUGUAUUCAUUUAUGACUGUUUCCCUGAAAUCUGGGUCACAGAUAACCGGGAGCUUUAUGUGUUUCAGCUUUGCUACAUCCCAAAAAAUCAAAUAGAAUAAAUUUAAAAGUCAAAAUAGCGCUUCUUUGGCUUGAUUUGACACGUUUCCUCUUCAGCACACGAUGCUCUUAGACAAGUCCUUAAUACACUUUAAAGCCACUGUUUGGUUUUUGUUUAAUUUAAGACUGUGAUUUACAGGGGUAAUAUUUUAUGUCUGAAACACCUGGACGUGUAUCAGCAGAGAACUUUGCCACUCAGUCCACAGGAGGCCUUAAAACUCACACAAACAGAGAGUUCUUCAUAGGAGCUUUAAAGCAGUCUCUUAUCUUUCAUAAGUUGUACAUAAAGCCUUUAGAAAUUGUUAGGUUUAAAACCUGCUUGCAUUUUACCUGAAAUAAAAAGGAGAAAGACAAUGGAUAAGUUUGAGUAAUGGACAGAGAUCUGUUUUGGAUAUCUCAGUACCACACUGAGGGUUCUUUUUCUGUCCGUGCUCUUUUAUUUAGUCCCUGGUUACAUAAUGUUUCUAAAGGGGUGAUAAAUGGUGCAGCAAAGUAAACAUUCUCAUAAAGCAUAAUGAACACUUGUGAAUAUGUGAAGGUCAAGGCGGCAUCUAAUGAGCUCCUUCUGAUAACAGCGGCACCUCCUCAAAAACUCCCCACGAUUUACUGCGGAGGAUCCAUCACUCACACACCCCCACCUGCUGAUAGGAAAGACCCAGUCACAGAAAACUGAAGGAACAUUGUUCUGCUGCGUAGUAAAUCUAUUGGAGAGAGAAGUUGGGAAACACUCUUAUAUAAUGUAUAAAAAGAGGUCAAAACAGUUUAUACUUGUAGUCAACUCUUACAUAAGAAUAUGAGGAAUAAUGAUAACUUCUAUAUACAUUUAUGCACAUUAUUCUAACAGAAAUGUUUUACAAUAAAGUUUAAAAAGAGAUAUAUAAUAAAAACUUUCUAUAACCUCUUUAGUUUUUUACAUUUGUAAUCAGUACAGUAUCUGAUAUUUUCAUAAUGGUUGUGUUCUUAAAAUAAAGUCCUUAAAGCUCAUUUGAGGAGUUUUUGAAACAUUCAUGAAAUGGACUGAAUUAUCUAUUUUUGUUUUUUUAUGAUAUACAAAAAAAACAAACAAACAAGACCAACAGUGAUAAGAUUGACAAUUUUUAUACAGUAGUUUUUAAUGCGUGAAACUAAUGUGAGGGGGGUAGGUGUCAGAGGAAUAUUUUCAAUUUAAAAAAAAAAGAUUUAUUUGACUGUCUAAAGUCAGCAGGGUGGCUUUUCAGUUAAAAUGCACAGUUAAAAUGCACAAUAAGUAAAGACUUCAGUGUCCACAAGGAGGCCCUAAAACUGGCACAAAACAAAAGUUCCUCACAGGAGCUUUAACUUUGCUGAAUACGCACCAAAAAAAAGGAUUGGACACAGAGGACAAAGAUUAAAGAUCUGAUUGCACAGCAGCUAGAAACCUUACAAACUAAGAGUAGAAGAUGGCAGACCUUCUUCUGAAACACUAAGAGAGCAAAUCCAUUCAGUGCUCCCAACAAUGAAGUCAGGAUAUGUUAUGUGAGAGCGAUAAUCCCGGGACUUAUUAUUUUGUGGUUUAAAUGUAUAAAUCAUGAACUAGGUAUUAAAAUUUACAUGAAAAGACUUUGUUGAUUAAGUGAGAAAUUAAAUAUAUGACCAUUAGUAAUCACAUUGAUUAUUCAGCGGUGAACUGAUGUGUUGUUUUCUUCCUGUUUAAGGAAAACCAAUUCAACCAACAACCACAAAGACAAGAAUCUACGCCAGAGGAAUACAAACUGAGUAGCUCGUCUGCUGAGUAAGUCAUCAAUUAUUAAGAGAUGGUUAUUGAUAAAUAUGUAUUACACGCCUGUGACCACAAAUUAAAGGAUGACCCACCUUGAGAAGUCAUCACUGAAAGCUCUAAACAACCAAAUCAAAGCGAUAAAGAUGUCUGUCCUUUGUUUGCAGGUUUCAUUCAACAUGUAUUGACCACAUGAAGGUAAACAAGCGGAGUCCAUACCAGUUGUUAAUAGGAUUUAUCUGCCAUUAAAAGUAUGCUCGUUGAGGAGUCAAGUGAGGCAUGCCUUAUGAUUUUGUCGUGUGAGGGAGCGAGGCGAAGGAGCUACUCAAGCAUUAUGGAAUUGAUAACAUUAUAACCAUUGUUGCUGCAUGCAGGUGUUGACGUUUAUGAUUUGACAUUUAUCUGAUGAGUUACCAUUUCUACUACUUCUAAAAUAAUGCAUGCAAGAUGUUGACCUUCUGUUUGAAGGAAGAGAUGUUUUUUUUUUCCUGUUUUUUGAUUGCUCUUUCCUCUGAGAGCGGCUUCAUGUAGAUUAUCUGUGUGCAAAAAAAAACAAAACUCAUGCAAAAGAAAAUGCCACCAUAAUCUGGUAUGACAGUCGUGUAUAGUUUUAUCAUUCUGCUGCAUACCAUUUUCUAAGUUCAUCAUUUUAUCAGACUGAAUUUAUUACAUUUAAGGGCUUUGCAAUGUCCCUCUAAUACAUUUGGUUAAGAUUGACCCUUAUGUAUGUACUGUAUGUGUUAAAUCACUAUAACAAUGUAUCAGAUCACCAUUAUUAUCAAGACUAUUCAUAUAAUAUGAUGCACUUAAAUGUUGAGAAUAACAAAAAGUUGUAUAAACCUACUUUAGGAGAUCUGUACUAAUUUGAACAUAUUGUUUUAUAAUUAUGUGUAUUGUACAGCAUGGCUAUUAUCCUAUGCAAUUAUUAUCCAUAUCAAUAUAUUGAAAACCAUUGCAGCUUUUGAUUUCUCUGUGACAAAGCUUUAAACUAGUAGGAUCACCGUAGAGCGCUGACGGCAUACUGCACAGCUGCAUGAAUUCUCUCCAGCUGGCGUGGGAGGCGAGGAAAAGAUGCCCACGUCAGGACUGACAUAUGUGAAGCAAUUGCAAGACCGUGACUCAUUUUUAAAAAUAAAUAUCUGGAAAAAGAAAGUGUGCC